GAGUUAGGUCAAACUCCAUUCACGGCAGCAAUACAGUCCUAACAUACUGCAUACUACAAACCACAUCUCGACCAAUCCCCGCACCACUCCUCCUGGAGUCUACCAGAGCUAAAGCAGUCGAGUGGCGGGACUUACUACGCAGAAGCUCACCGAAGAUCUGGAACCUCUACCUCACAAUCAAGAAGCGAGCUCAAAGAAAUCACUGGUUUAUACUAGCUCGUAAUCAGGACAUUGGAUAUUGGAUAUUGUUUAAACUAAUCCUGUGAUAACGUAUAGCUCACUCUCUUAAACUUAAGAUCAUUUCUUUUCAAAUUAUCCCGUCAGGAGUGUUCGCUACUGUGACAGCACUAUUUCACAAAUCAUACCCAUCUGUUCCUAUUGCUACAUUUCCACCAUUUCCAAUUGUAACUACUAACCCGUAGCCAGUCAGUUUGCCAGGAAGUAACGUUUAUUCCAUUUACUGCUACUUGGCUAAAUUUACAGUGGUACUAAUUUCAAAGAUUCCCAUAUUGGCCACCAAAAUUGUUCAUACCUUUUACUGAUAAAUUGUGUAUCAAGUUUUAAAAGAAUCAAAAUUACUUCAUCAUGUAUUCCAAUCUGAAGUUCCUUACUGCAAGGCCAAUCAUCGGGAAUGUGGCAGCAUCCCUCAGUACUGCAGUCAAGCCUAUUUUAAAACCCGAAGCAAAGCGACAAUCUAUUUUCAUCAAUAAUGAGUGGCGUGAUUCAGUCAGUGGAAAAACAUUUGAUACCGUAGAUCCAACGACAGGGAGUGUAAUUUGUAAAGUUGCAGCCGGGGAUAAGGAGGAUAUAGAUAUUGCAGUUAAAGCGGCUAGUAAAGCUUUUGAAUUCGGUUCUGAAUGGCGUCGUAUGGAUGCUGCAGCUCGUGGAGUUCUGCUUAACAAACUGGCUGAUCUUAUAGAACGCGACAGAGUGUAUCUUGCUUCUUUAGAAACUUUGGACAAUGGAAAACCAUUCAGUGAUUCAUACAACAUUGAUUUAGAGUUGGUGAUCAAAUGUUACAGGUAUUAUGCUGGUUGGGCAGAUAAAUAUCAUGGAAAGACAAUACCUAUUGGCGGUAACUAUAUGUCAUUUACACGUCAUGAACCUGUUGGUGUUUGUGGACAAAUUAUCCCAUGGAAUUUCCCUUUACUGAUGCAAGCAUGGAAACUUGGUCCUGCAUUAGCAAUGGGGAAUACAGUUGUCAUGAAAACAGCUGAACAAACUCCAUUGUCGGCUAAUUGGGUUGCUGAACUGAUUAAAGAGGCUGGAUUCCCUCCUGGUGUAGUAAAUAUUGUUCCAGGAUUUGGUGAAACGGCUGGUGCUGCUCUAGUUGUUCAUCCUGGUGUUGAUAAAAUUGCAUUUACUGGUUCUACGGCUGUUGGGCAAUUAGUCGGUCAAAAUGCCUUCAAACAUGGUGUAAAACGUAUUACUUUAGAACUUGGUGGAAAAAGUCCAUUAAUUAUUUUCAGUGAUGCUGAUUUUGAUAAAGCUAUCGCCACAUCACAUUUUGGUUUAUUCUUUAAUCAAGGACAGUGUUGUUGUGCAAGUUCACGUAUAUUCGUUGAAGAAUCCGUCUAUGAUAGAUUUGUUGAAUAUAGCAGCGAAGAGGCGAAAAAACGUGUAGUCGGUAAUCCAUUCGAUCCAAAUACACGACAAGGUCCACAAGUUGAUGAACAACAAUUUAAAACAGUUAUGUCAUAUAUUGAAAGUGGUAAAAAAGAAGGCGCUAAACUAUGCACUGGUGGUCAACGUCAUGGUUCCAGUGGUUAUUUCAUUCUACCUACAGUAUUUGCUGAUGUUCAAGAUGAUAUGCGUAUUGCUCGUGAAGAGAUAUUUGGACCAGUAAUGCAAAUUAUGAAAUUCCGUUCAAUGGAUGAGCUAUUUAAACGAGCUAAUCAAUCACAUUAUGGUCUUGCUGCUGGUAUAUGUACUUCAGAUCUUGAUAGAGCUAUGCAUGUUAUGCAAGGUUUACGAGCUGGAACAGUCUGGAUUAAUUGUUAUGAUAUAUUUGAUGCGGCUGUACCAUUUGGCGGUUUUAAAUCUUCUGGAGUUGGUCGAGAAUUAGGCGAAUAUGGUCUGCAAAAUUAUACAGAAGUUAAAACUGUAACUCUUAGCAUGAUUGAAAAGAAUUCAUAAACCGGACCUUAAAUUCAAUUUAACAAUGAUAAUAAUAAUAAUAAUAAUAAUGGACCAUGUGUACCGUCAACCAUCUGGACAGGUCGCUAUCUAAUUCUUUUAUGUGCUCUAUCUUUCUUUUUUGGUUUGAUUUCUGCUAAAUACACUCUGUGGAAGUAUAUUGACAAAAAAUAUAUGAAUACACAGUACACAUAACCAUUAUAUGCUUUUUUUCUGUGCAUUGAGGAGGUUCGUGUAGCGACUGAAUUGAUUUUCUGACUUAGGGUCGCUAACCGCACACUCAAUCUUCCCUACUUUUCCACCGUUGGAACCGGUUAGUAAGCUAGAUGGAGAGACCCCGUUAAGUGGAAUCGUGCGCUAAAUGGGAC